AAAGAAAACGAAAAAGGGAUAAUUUGUUGACAAACACAUUUUCAAUACUAUAUAAAAGAAUCAAGAAGAAAGAAAAGACAGAACAAAAACGUUUACAAAUUGAGAGAAUAUAUUGUGUCAAGAGUGCUGACAGCAUUGUCGAAACAAAAGAAACAACAUUCCCAACUACCUACAACAAUCUACAAUACAUGCAACUCCUCAACUCAGUAAUCCCUCCUGCCACCACCACAGCAACAGCACCAAGUCAUUCCAAACGAUUGCCAUCUCAAUGCGAAUAAUGUUGACACGAAAAAAGCCAACAAAAAGCAAUUGGAAGCCAGCAGCUAGAAUGGCAACGUUAUAGUAUUAAAUUCAUAAGCGUGUUUAGACAAAAGCUUACGUACACACAUCCUGGCAGAGAAAGUAAGCUAUGCCAGAGCAACUACAAUGCAUGUGGCAAUGAUGAAAUCCGAUAAAGCAGUAUGCACAAACGACACCAUGGAAGAGGACCUAGGCAAAGCCCUAACGUACGAGGCAAUCUUCACCACGCUCAUCGAGAACAAAGUGUUGGCAAUGAAACGUGACUGCGAGGAACGAAAGCGUGCCAAACGACAAAAGCGCAAGUCGUUCGGCAGAAUCCUUUUUAGCAAGAAAUUAUUUGGUAGCAGCGGUGGCAAUGGCGGAACUGGGGCAGUGGGUGGAACUGGAGGCAGGAAAUCCCCAUCAGCUGAGGAACUUGACGUAGAAAAGGGUGCGCUACCAGAUGAUUUUGAAAUCAAUGUGACUUCGAAACUUUCCGACUGUCACAUUCACGACGAGACGACACAUUCAAAAACCAGCAGCAGCAGCAAAAGACAUCAUCAUCAGCAGGAAGUCGAAACCUCCUCCGUCGAGCGGGAGCCAUCAUCUGGGAGAAGAGGGAAGAACGCCACUAUUAAAAUGCAACCGCAACCAAUUCCCCCGGGCGAUGACAGUCUAUCGAGCAAUGCAUACAAUGACAGUUUGAGUCUGUCGGAGAAGAAUGGAGUGCGGAAUCUUGUCGUCGAAGUCCUCACCCAUCACCAUGACGCACGACUUGCCUACGACGAUGACGCCGUAUCGAUAGUGGACCAAGCAGCACCAAUCUCACUCAACGACACCACAACGGUGGACCAAAGCAUUGACGCCAUUUCGAUAGGUAGCAAUAGCAAUGCUGUCGAUGAACACAACACUUCCACAAUGGCUGACGAUAGCCUCACAUCGAUUCGGGACAGUAUUGAGAGUUUAUCGUUCCCUAGCUCACGCUGCACGGUAAGCGUGAGCGGCUUUGGAGCUAGCGGCGUUUGUCCUGAGAUCACUGUGAAUCCUAGUUGCUUAGACAGCGCUUCCUUGAUAUUCGACAAGAGACGCGCGAAGCGACUGCGAAUUUUAGAAGCCAAGUCAAUUAGUGCCCAGUGCAGUCCGAUUCUGCCGCGGCACGUCAAGCCAACCUUAUCGACGCGAGUGUCCAAGUUCUCCUCUGCCCAUACUCAAACCCAGAACAGAGGAGUGCCACAUCAAGUAUCAUUUUCGAACGACACAGAAACGGGCCGAACCGAGCACGAAAAAUUACUGAUUUCCCGUCAGAAUACUUCGGAGGAUAGUGCUAAUUUAACAGUUAGCACACUUUUGAACGAGGCCGAAGAAGCACUCAUUGCCAGUAGCUCAUCAAAGGACCACCCGGCGGCGGUGUCGGCGGGUAGACGAUCCAAAAGCACCAGUCUUUUAGUUAUUUCGAGCAAAGAUAAUUUAAAUAAGCAAUCACUUAGUAGCCGUUUAGAUAGUAACAAUCGUAAUACAGUUAAUCAAAUAUUAGCACCUGCAGGCCGUGAGUCCUUUGUAGCAUAUACGACAACGUCGUCGUCAAAUUAUUUUCCUGUGAUUACAACGACAACAACAACAACAACAACAACAAAAACUACUGCAGCCGUAGCAGCGCCGGCGAAUUCAAUACAAACUGGAAGUAAAAAUGCCAUCGAAAUGGUAACAAAUUGUGGUAUUAAUGGAGGAAUGACAACGGGGGAUGUAAUCAAUAGCAAUGGCAAUGUUAAUGGUGGUGGAAAUGUAGUUUAUAUUAAAGCGGAAGCAAGUGACUUUGUUCCGGCACCAUCGUCGGCCAUUGUGCCGAGUGCAAUGCUACCGAGCGACACAGCAAAGUUGCAUCGAAUGACUUCGACAUCGACUGGGUCCAGUGUUGCACCGACCGGUUGCUGUGCAACCAAAUCCCGUGACAAGGAGAAACGCUAUAAGCCGAGUUGGCCAUCGGGGCAGAGCGGAAGCGAUGAUGAGUACCGGAAGCGUAAGAGAAAAUACAAACGCCACCACAGAUGCUCAGAUCCAGUAUUGGUUUAUCCCUCCCCGAGCGGCUUACAACAUUGCAUCCUAAGUAUGCCUCCAAAUCAGCCCAUUCAAUUCCAUUACAAUGAGGACUUUGUUUACGACAUGACGCUCCAAGUGGAAUCGGACAAGAACGACGACCUUCAGGAGAUAGUUCCAAGCAGUCGCAAUCGCAAACAUCGACAUCAUAAACACAAAAAGCGACAUCGUCAUAAAAAACCAAAAAUUCUAGUUCAUGAUUUAGAUACACAAACGGUUAAGGUGAUUGAUCCGGAUGAUCUUCCUCAAAGAGCUCGCUGGACUAUCAUAGCCACAGCAUUCCUCCUACUCAUAAUGUGCCUAAUGCUAGUUGGUAUAACACUACGAAUGGCACCUAUCAUCGAUGAUAUGGUUCGCCAGGAAAAUGAGAGGCUUAUGCAAGAAUCCAUAAAUCGUGCUAGAUUGGCGAAAAACUUUACCGAUGCUGCAUCCCUUAGUGCUGCGGCCGAACAAAUUCCAUAACAAAGUUUUCAAAGGAUCUUCUUUGUUGCCAACGUGAUUAGUGAAACAUUAGCAUUUGUAACUACAUACAUAGACACUGAAUCAAAUGUACGUAGAUUCUUCUUGCAUUUUUCGCACGCAAUUUCAUUUCAUUUCGUUUGAAAAAAAAAAAAAAAACAAAUUAUAAUUCUCUAUGUCUGCAAGCAUCAAUGCCAGUAUAGAGUUUAUAGUCUAUUAUAUAAAAAUAAAGCAAAAAAAAAAAUGAAAAACCAAAAAACCAUUACAUAGAAGAAGCCUAUAGAAUAAAAAAAUAUAUGUCGAAGUCUACUAUCAUCAUGUAGAGCAAAAUUCCUUCACCAUUCACAUGUAUACUGUCAUCGUAUAGGAUAUGGAAACAAACUACUCGAAUAAGAACCAAAAGAGAGAUGCCAUUAUGCACACGUCCUUCCGGUUUCACGACGACCGACGACGCCGCCGUUCACUACCGCCAUUUCACUACAAAAUAUGAAGAAUAGCUUCAUCAACCAUGAAUACAAUUACUAUAGUUUGCUCCCUAUAAUCCUUGCCAUCAUCAUAGCGGGAAUCUGAAAAUAUUAUUCAAAACGUUGAUGACAACGACAACACACACACACACACACACUGGCAAGCAAAAGGAUAUAUAUGAUAAAAUAUCCAUCCAAGGAUCCAAUGAUCCACGGAUCAUCGUGGCUGAACUUCAUUGGCAUGCUAAUGAAAUAAUCCCUGGCACAUAACCGUAACCGUGUCGGUGUCGUCGUGAUGUCCUCGCCACAUAUCCACAUCGCACACAUAUUUCUAGGCGAAUGAACUUUUCUACAAUAUACUACGCGUCUAUAUCCACUC